AUGCCUCACCACACAACCUCGGGAGAAAGCGACUCGGAGUCAGAUAUUGAAUUCGAGGACGUGCCUCUAGCUGCUGCACGAACAACAGCCCCGAUGACGGACAUCAACGGAACAUCAGAAGGCUCUUUAUCUAUCCAAAUAGAAAGUCCACCAUGGGUCCCAGUGCUCUCCCUACCUCAGCAACGAGCCGAGUCUCUCCGGCCCGGCUCGGCAGAGGAGACCCAGCUACGCAGUCGAUUGAGUGCGGGCAUCGAAAGAAUCAAUUACCGCCAGAUGAAGUCCGAAAUUGGUAUGGACGGAACCGAAACUCGAGCUUCAGAGAGGCGAUUUGAGAGUUUUGGUGAACUGGCGCGGGAGGUGGGGGCAUUGGUUGAUACGCUGUGGGCGUCGGCGACCCCCUCAAUCCAAGUCGAAGGCCUAAUCACUCUUGCUGGAAUCACCGAAAUGGCCCUUCCAACCUACAAAUUCGAUCCGGAAGCUACCCUUAACGUGCUACAUAAAUUUGACUCGGUCUUCGCAGCGCUCUGUACCGGUCAGCACCCGAUGACUAAUGAUCCCAUCCCGGGUGCGACGGCGGAUCGUCCACUCGUGACGCAGACCCAGAAGGUUCGGAUUCGCAGUUUGGCGGAGACGACGCGGUACAAGAUCUUUUCUUGUCUAUCGGGCUCUGAUUCAGAUAGCUUGGGAGGGGUGAAUGGAAAUGGACAUGUGCCUUACGAUGAUGACGACGAGGAUGAUGAUGAUGAUGAUGAUGAUGAUGAUAUUCCUGUGCAGCCUUGGUUGAUGGAGGCGGCGAGGGUUUAUGAUAAGACAUUGAUGUUGUUGGCGGACCAAGGUGACGGUGGUGAACUAGACGGGGGAUGUUAUGCGGAUUGA